CUGGGCAAAAAAGAAAGGCAAGUGAAGGGCUGUCUUUGGAUCCUCCUGCCCAGCGCAAGCAAUGUCUUGAACAAUUUCCUACAACGGCACCGUCAUCCUUGGCAGUGCUAGCCAACAUAAAGGAAUUUCUGCCUGAGAAGCUUCGUACCACACCACCAACUUUCUACUCCAACCGCCCAACACAAGACUAUGCUUCUUUUCCUGCUGCGCUCCUACAUCCUGUAUUUGGUCAAUUUCAGCAUGACCGUGAACACUAUGAACCAAAACAAGAAGACAACAUGCUCUUACAGGAAUUGUCUAUGAAGAUGGUGCGCUUUUAUGAUUAUGAGCGAGAGCGUUCAAGAGUAUUCCGUGAGAUUUUGGAAAAGUAUGGCAUCCAACUGAUGGCUGCAGAGGUUGAUAACAGUUCAUCUUGCACAGAUGGUCACAUGCAAGAGAAGGGAAAUGUUUGUGUUAUCUCUGAGGCUAAGAAUGAACUCGGUCUAGGUACCAAGGAUCCAUAUUUCCAAGGUGCAUUCUACUAUGUGGAACUCAUACGCAGGCAUGCAUAUGAGCGGAUAAAUUCUGUUCUACCAUGCAUACUCAUAUACUAUGCUGGUCCAAAUUUCGGUUUUGCAGCUUUAGCGAUGACAGAUGCCAAAAUUCACGUAGCACCUCUCACCCCUCUUAUCCCUUUAUACACUGAGCCACAUGACUAUUUUAUGCAGAAGAUGGCAGCACGAGCCUUUGGUGCACUCAGACGUGCUGUUAUACAGCUAAAGAAAUACUAUAAUGAAGGUAAUGCCCAGAUUCAAAAUCCACUGCCUGUCAGCCCAGAAAGUCUGGAAUUCCCCUAUAUUCGUGAAUUCAUUCCAAUUCAGGGAG